AUGGCACUGCCUCCCAGCCCCCUGGCUAUGGAAUAUGUCAAUGACUUUGACUUGAUGAAAUUUGAGGUAAAGCGAGAACCCUCUGAGGGGCGAUCUGGCCCUCCAACAGCCUCACUGGGCUCCACACCCUACAGCUCAGUGCCUCCUUCACCCACCUUCAGUGAUCCAGGCAUGGUGGGGGCCACCGAGGUCCCUCGGCCAGGCCUGGAGGAGCUGUACUGGCUGGCCACCUUACAGCAGCAGCUGGGGGCUGGGGAGGCACUGGGCCUGAGUCCUGAGGAGGCUGUUGAGCUGCUGCAGGGUCAAGGGCCAGUCCCUAUUGAGGGUCCCCACAGCUACUACCCAGGGAGCCCGGAAGAGACAGGAGCCCAGCAUGCCCAGCUGGCGGAGCGGUUUUCGGACGCGGCGCUGGUGUCGAUGUCUGUGCGGGAGCUAAACCGGCAGCUGCGGGGCUGCGGGCGCGACGAGGCGCUGAGGCUGAAGCAGAGGCGCCGCACGCUGAAGAACCGCGGUUACGCGCAGGCCUGCCGCUCCAAGCGGCUGCAGCAGCGGCGGGGGCUAGAGGCUGAGCGCGCCCGCCUGGCCGCCCAGCUGGACGCGCUGCGGGCCGAGGUGGCCCGCCUGGCCAGGGAGCGCGACCUCUACAAGGCUCGCUGUGACCGGCUGACCUCGAGCGGCCCCGGGGCCGGGGACCACGCCCACUUCUUCCUCUGA